CUCGUUUUGAACGGAAGUUCAUGGUGCUCUGCCAACUUUUUCAACUAGAAAAAGUCAUAUUCUUUUAAACUGAGACGUUAUAAAAUGAUAUUGCCACAAUUUAGCAGCGGUUCUACAAAUACAACAAGAUCAAUUUCUGUUGAUUCCUAAGUGUGGAUUGUUGAUAUUCAUUUUGGAAAGCAUCGGUUUGAGAGUUUGUGGACACUUUUCUGCCUCGUUGGCCAGAAGGACAAAAUGGCUGAUUUCAAACUUGUCACAGCAGGAGAAGAUAUCAGGAUCUGGGACAUCAAUGGCUACAGUUUGGUGAAGCAAUAUAACCCCCAUGGCGGGUCUGUCAACUCAGUCGCAUGGAGCCAGGACAAUAAUUUCAUCGCGAGUGCUUCGAGUGCUGGAGACAAGUUGGUGAUCACCGGCGUGAAGAACAACAACACAGUCGAAAUAGCACAAGGGGAGGACCGAACAUGUGUGUCCUUCAACUCCAACUCGCGUUACCUCCUGAGCGGUGGCAAGGCCGGGACGAUAGCGGUGUGGGAUCUCAAGACUCACAAGUUAAAGAAGACAUACAAGGACCACAAGGGCCCAAUCACAUCCCUCACAUUCAACUGGAAUGACACUUAUAUUGCCUCAGGGUCGGAGUUGGGGGAUAUCAUCAUGUAUAAUGUGGUCACUGCUCAAGCUUCAGCCCCGAUGACCACCCCCAAGAUGCAGGCAAUCAGACAGCUACAGUACAGUAACUUCAAGAAGUCUCUUCUUGGAGCUGUGUCAGAUGACGGUGCUGUGUCUCUCUGGGACACAAACACAAGGCGACUCUUACACUCAUUCACAGACAUGCACUGCUCCUCGGCGACAGGGCUGGCAUUUUCACCACUCAACGAGAUCCUCUUGAUGAGCGUGGGUUUGGAUAAGAGGAUCGUGUGCUAUGAUGUAGUGGGUAAAACGGCUGUUAAAACAAUGACGGCAGAAUGCGCAUUAACCAGUAUUGACAUUCAUCAAGACGGAGCCACGCUAGCCGUCGGAUCAAACAGAGGCAAGGUGUUCAUCUAUGAUCUCCGCCAGAAAGCCCAACCCGUUCACACGUUCCAGGCACACCAGUCAGCAAUCUCAUCUCUCAGGUUUCAGAGCAACACGAAAGCACUCAAGAAUGACAGUACGUCGAGUACCAAGUCACAUCGAAGCAGCAUCACGAAGAAGCCUUCCCUCGCUGGCCUUAAUCAAAACUCGAGUAGCAAUGACAACAGUCCGAGGAGUAUCAUGAAUGGUGAUACAGAUAUGGGAAGGGGUUUAACCGAUCGAACAAAUCUAGAUGAAGUCAUUUCACCAUACAGAGAAACAUCUGUAAAUAAGACAUCAGAAUUCACCGACAUCUCAUCUGAAAAUCGACCAGACAUCUUAGGCAAAUCAUUGAAUUACAGUAGUAAAAAUAUGUCCUAUGAAGGUGUUUUUUCUCCGCUGAAUGAGAACAACUCGUCGAAUAUGUCACGGCGUACGACCAUGGGCACGUCACUCUUAUUAAACAGUGGCUCCUCCCCGCCACACAUCCACCUAGAGAACGGCCACGAUGACCCGCCAAUCAUCAACACUGAGUUAGAAACAGUAAGAGAACAAGAUGUAACGCCGGCACCUCCCGCACCUACACCUACACCUCUUAUGGCCCCUAAAUCAUUUAGUCGCAAUGCCUCCCUGCAGAACGUGAGGAGUGUUCCUCAGAGUCCCCUCGAGGAUCAAGCCAGUGGCAGUUCAGGUUCACCAAGCCCCAACAUAAAGACAAAGCGAUCGGCUUCACUUGGAAGCAUCAAGAAGGAGAUAUUUGACCGAGUGAUAGAGCGUGUGAAAAACCCACCAAAUGUUCCACCGGUGCGAAAGCUAUCAGAAGGUAGUCGGCCACAUUCACGGAGUACUUCCCGGGGUGCUCAGCUUCCUGUACCACUGACUCCCCCUAUUAGUGAAAACGAUCGAGGAGAUGAGGCAGCAAAUGGUCACAUGCCAUUGGAAGCGUCCGCGAUGCCAGUGACACCCCAGAACUUCCAGACGGAGUUCAUCAGGAAUAUGAUUGAGGAUGCUCUCGAGGACUUCCAGGAUCGAAUGCGAAAAGACGUCUUUAAUCUUCAGGUGGAGAUGUUGAGGCAGUUCCAAAUCCAACAGGGCUACAUGAUGGCGGUCAUGCAACAGAAUUCAAUCAACCCAGACUUGUUAGCCGAGGUAGAGAGAUUACGAGAAGAGGUGAAACGAUUAAAGAAAAACUUCUGACCUGGUUGAUUGAAAACUUGGUAAAAAUGAUUCAUUGUUCAAUGGCAAUGCUCGGUGCUGGUUCACUGAGCUCAUCUGCUCGGCGGCAAUACGAAGAGAUUCUUGGUGAACCGUUGUGGUAGAAUGAUGCUCUGCCUCAGACUAUAUCGUCUGCUCGAAAAUCAACAUGGUGUUGUUGUCAACAAAGCUGCCAGAGGAGCAGCUCCCAGGACACUUUAGCUUGGAGGAGAGAUGGACAAUAUUAGUUGGGAUGAAUGUGAUGGCAGACGUUAGCUCUCCAAGGCUGAGAAACAUUUGGAACAUUCGUGAAAAGAGAUUUGACGUGUUUACUGAUGUGUUUUAUUCACAGUCUCUUCUUUAACCAGCCAAUGGAGAACUAGUGCUCUGAUUUCAAGGAUUCUGAACUUUGUUGCAAAACAAUUGACUUUGCAUCCUAUUUCCAGAUGGUUAUGUAGUUCAAUGGUUUAUUGUUGUUGUAAGUUAAGAAAAGAGGCAGCACUACAAUACUGUGAGAAGAAAGGUAUAUUUUUGAGAAUGGGGGAUUUUUGCGAUCUUUUGAGUAGAGAAUGUGCUAGGAGAAUUAGUGAUUAGGUUCCUGAAGAGAUGAAACAUGUUCCUCUCAGAAAGGUUUUCGCACUACAUGAAGGGUGAUACGAACGACAGGAAAUUCUUUUCACCUGAGUUUUGUACAGAAAGACCUCGUGUAAAUUCACAUGAGUCUUUCAGUAAAAACGUUUACUUGUCAAUAUCCCCAAUAGUGUAUGAGAACAUUUACUCUUUGUCUCAUUGUGCUAAUGUACAUUUCUUCUUCAUAAGUUACAAGACUAGGUUUGUAAUCAAUCCCACCUAAAUGUCCUAUGUUGGCCUUGUAAAUCUUUGCAUAAUGUCGAUUCACUGUCAACAAACCUGCAGGACGGGUCCCCCUUUAGUUUGUAAAAUCCCUAUUAUCCAAAUAACUUGAAAACUCAACAAAAAUGGUAAUAGUAACUUCAGUAUGAUAAAUAUAUCUUUACAUAUGUAUUCUGUAUCAUCAUGGUGUAAUCAUUUGUACAUACAUUUGUAACAGGUUGAUAAAUAGGAUUUGAAUCGUUCAGUCUAAUUGCUAAGGCCUUGCACAGCUGUUUGCUUCAUGAUAAGUUUGUUUACGACAGGCUAUGAUAGUUGGUUGUAAACAAUCUGAAAACGUCUUGGAGGGAGGGGUGGCAUUGAGUGAAACUCUGGGAAACAGUUGUACCUCUCUGUUGUAGGGUUUUCUAGUCACUAUAAAGCAUUUACAUAGUUCUGCUCUCCUGAAGAUGAAUUCCCUCUGAGUUUGAAAACAAAUCAUGUUGUUUUGCUCAUUUAGGCUAUGAUCAGGUAUUUUGUCAGAAGGGCAACUUGCCACUCUGUCAGAGAGAUAGAAGAAGUUAGUUUUCUCUUGGGAUUGAGGCAAAUUCUGAAACAUCUUAGUUACUUUUUAUCUGGCUUCAUUAGUCUAUGAGAUGUAAAGUAAGACGUGUACAUGUGACUGAUGUGUACAUGUGACUGAUGUGUACAUGUGACUGAUUGCCUUUAAGAACCCUUGAUUAUUCCUCAUUCUUUGUACAUAUUGCAUCAGAGCCCCAAUAGUGAACAGUAUUUUUCAUGAAUUUUCCAAAGCUGUAAGUGGUGGUUAACACUUUGAGAACUAAAGUUGGCUAGAUACUAUGUAUAAGCAGUUUAAUAGUAUGCUUUCACAAUAAGAAGGCACAUUUUGAAUGUUUUCAUUUCGAGUCGGACUUUAUUGUGAAAGUGUUAACUAAUAACUACUCCACCUUGUUUUGGUUUAUCAAGCAUUUAAAAUCAUAAUGUACAGAUCUGACUCCGUGAUGUAUUUUUGUGUAAAUAGUUGUAAUUGUUUCCAUGGCAACAUUCUCUUGUUUGACUGUAUCAUGAACGUGGAAACACAUUUUCAAAUAUUUUUGCUUUCAACGAAUAACUGUUGGAAGAUUGUAAAACUCAUACGGUCUCUUGUUUUCGAUCUGGCUUCUUCAAGCAGGGCAGACUUCAACUAGUCACAAUCUGGAUUCCAGAUCUUCAACGCCGCCAAUGUUUGUGGGAAGUUUUUGACCAGAGAGACUGUAUUUAUAACCAGUUGGUAGAGUAUUGGAAUCUCAACUAGUGAACCAUAAUUUGACCACUCGGGACAAUGUUCGAGGCAGUUUUUGACUAGACAAUGAAUGUUUAACCAGCUGGAGGAGUACUAGAUAACCAGCUGGAGGAGUACUAAAUGGUGUAAAGUAAUGGGUUCUUUUCUUGUGAAUCAUAAUUUGACCACCAAAGACAAUCUUGGCCGAGUCACAAU